GGAAGGAUGUAGUCGUUGUGUAUCCUACUACACAAGAUAAACUUAACAUUGAGAAAGAAGAGGACCAACUCGAUGCAGUAAAGACAGACAUUAUGACCAUUGUGACCCCUGAGCCGGGAGUUGCUUUGAGGAAGGAUGUAGUUGUUGUGUAUCCUACUACACAAGAUAGUUUAAACAUUGAGAAUGAAAAGGACCAACUCGAUGCAGUAAAGACAGACAUUAUGACCAUUGUGACCCCUGAGCCUGGAGUUGCUUUGAGGAAGGAUGUAGUUGUUGUGUAUCCUACUACACAAGAUAAACUUAACAUUGAGAAUGAAGAGGACCAACUCGAUGCAGUAAAGACAGACAUUAUGACCAUUGUGACCCCUGAGCCUGGAGUUGCUUUGAGGAAGGAUGUAGUUGUUGUGUAUCCCACUACACAAGAUAGUUUUAACAUUGAGAAUGAAAAGGACCAACUCGAUGCAGUAAAGACAGACAUUAUGACCAUUGUGACCCCUGAGCCUGGAGUUGCUUUGAGGAAGGAUGUAGUCGUUGUGUAUCCUACUACACAAGAUAAACUUAACAUUGAGAAUGAAGAGGACCAACUCGAUGCAGUAAAGACAGACAUUAUGACCAUUGUGACCCCUGAGCCUGGAGUUGCUUUGAGGAAGGAUGUAGUUGUUGUGUAUCCUACUACACAAGAUAGUUUUAACAUUGAGAAUGAAAAGGACCAACUCGAUGCAGUAAAGACAGACAUUAUGACCAUUGUGACCCCUGAGCCUGGAGUUGCUUUGAGGAAGGAUGUAAUUGUUGUGUAUCCUACUACACAAGAUAAACUUAACAUUGAGAAUGAAGAGGACCAACUCGAUGCAGUAAAGACAGACAUUAUGACCAUUGUGACCCCUGAGCCUGGAGUUGCUUUGAGGAAGGAUGUAGUUGUUGUGUAUCCCACUACACAAGAUAGUUUUAACAUUGAGAAUGAAAAGGACCAACUCGAUGCAGUAAAGACAGACAUUAUGACCAUUGUGACCCCUGAGCCUGGAGUUGCUUUGAGGAAGGAUGUAGUCGUUGUGUAUCCUACUACACAAGAUAAACUUAACAUUGAGAAUGAAAAGGACCAACUCGAUGCAGUAAAGACAGACAUUAUGACCAUUGUGACCCCUGAGCCUGGAGUUGCUUUGAGGAAGGAUGUAGUUGUUGUGUAUCCUACUACACAAGAUAUCUUCAACACUAAGAAUGGAGAAGACCAGCUCAAUGCGGUAAAGACAGACAUUAUGACCAUUGUGACCCCUGAGCCUGGGGUUGCUUUGAGGAAGGAUAUCAUGGUAGUGCAUCCCACUACACAAAAGCUUGCCAUCACUGAGACUGUAGAAGACCAACUCGAUGCAGUAGAGACCAUUAUUAAUUUGUCUAUUGUGACCCCUGAGCCUGAAGUAGUGCCCACAAUAUACAUGAAUAUAGAAUUACAAGAUAUCCUGAUCAGCGACACUAACAGAGAUUAUCAAGAGCUAUCUCCUGAUAAAAUGAUGCCCGUGGACCAAAAAGUGAAAACUGAGAUCAUGACAAUUAUUACACCUGAGGAUGGCGUUGCAUUGAGGAAGGAUCUGCUUCUGAUACAAGCCACCUCGCCGACUCCAAUCCCAGAGGUCGUGACCGAAUAUGAACCUCUUGAACACCGAGAACCGAGUGACUUCAAUAUAUUUCCUGUUGUUGACGAUAUUGCUGACCAGUACCAAAAGCCUCCAAGCUCUCAGGAGCAUCAAGCAUCAAAUCAUGUGGAUGAGAAUCGACCCAUUCUGUCUUUUUCAAAUGAACACUCACGCAUAGACACUGCCUUCGAUUACCAUCUGAGUGGUCCUUUCAUGAAAACACCACUGUACACAACAACUGCACAAACUGUCAAUAUUGUUGAUGAAAUAGAUGAAGCAAUGGAUGAAGUCUUAGAUCAAAUCAACAUUUCACCAGACAGUAAAAUCUCACCGACACCAGAAUCAAUAAAUAGAAGCAGCGAAUUCGGUUCCGAGUGGUUAGAUUUCUACAAGAAUCCAUUCCCAACUAAACCUGGGAGCCUGGCAGCUACGGCCAAGUUGGAGUCUCUCGCUGAACUUCACGUCCUUGUAGAUGAGGCCGAGACCAACUCGUCCUUUAACGGCAACAUCCAACAGAAGGGUCACAAAACGAUCAAUGUAUCAAUCACUGGAAACAUUAAAGCAGCUAAUGUGGAUUUUCUAUCCCAGAUAUUGGACCUUCUAAGGUACAGCAAAGCUACUGGAAAGGGCGGGAAAACACUGUUAACAAACGCUUAUGGUGGUCACCUAACGUUGGUUCAACACGGGAACAGUGGUAUCAGUGUUGGUGAUAGUACCGUUGAAGUAGAUGGCGUCCGGUUUAACGUGACCUCAGUAAAGCAGGGCUCAACAGAUACACAAAAUCAACAUGACCCUUCUGGAGCAUCAGACAUCAACGUUCACAUAGAUGAGAACGAUGGUUAUCAAGUGAGCAUACAUAAGGAAGCCUCUGGUCUACCAACUGACAAAGUUAAGAAUUACUCAUUCAGAAAUUAUGGAGGACGCAUGUUGGAAGCUCGGGAUGAAAAUGAGAUGUCCCCUUGGGACAAUAUUAAUGACUUCCAAGGGAAUGGCGAUGAUGAAUCUUUUAUGGGACGUCCUGUGCAUCGAUCGGCUGAUAAACCCCAUCCUUCCCGGUUUAUGCGUCAGAUUUUACCCGCCGCUUACAGACGAAGAAGACGACAGAACCUGGAUAAUGGUGUCCAACAACUGCCAAUAAAUCAGAUCCUCAUGUCGUCUGUCUGGUCUUCUUGGGGAGACUGGGCUCCGUGCUCGGUUAGCUGUGGACGAGGUUUGGUCACCCGCCAAAGAGCUUGUGUGCUGGCACAGAGCAAAGAGCCAUGUGUUGGAAGAAACAAAGCUUUUGAUGAAUGUGUUGUAGACGCUUGCUUAGAGGAGGAGAAGCAGAAGGAGGUGGUUCAGGACGAAGGACAUAGCACGGAGGUGGAAUGCCAUUAUGACAGGACACAGACACCAAAGGAGAUCUACUGGAUGAGUCCAACAGGAGAAAAGAUAACCAAAGAGUCCACGGCCAUCAGCAAAAAGUUCAAGAUGACUGGCGACAUUCUGAUUGUGCGUGGUGUUCAGGAGGUAGAUGCGGGGACUUACCACUGCGUUGUCAUCAUGAAGGACGACUCGUCCGAAACAUCAGAUGCUAAAAUAGGUGUGAUUACAUGUGCAUCACAUCCGUGUCAAAACGGUGGGGCCUGCGAGGAACAUGCCUCAUACAACCAUGGGUUGAUAUUCAAAUGUAGCUGCACUACUGGCUUCGAGGGACACACAUGUGCACAAGUCUCCCCCGUUUUCGUCGGCGAAGUAUCCUCUGGUGGUGUUCUUCUCAUCUUCGUAGUGAUUAUUUUACUGUCGGGUUUCAUGUUUGGAAAACAUAAGGAAAUGCGUAAGAAGUACAAGAAAAAGCCCAACUCCGACGAUUCACCCCUCGAGGUGAUUCAGAUGGAAGCCAUUCCAAGUGAGAAGCCUUUACUUACAGAGGGAGAAAUCGACUUGUUCAGAGAAAUCUCACGGGAGGAGUUCAAGAAUUUCAAGGCGUCCAACACAUACAGUAUGUUUAAGGGAAAGAAAGCAAGCAGUGCUGAUGCAACUUUGGACAUUGAAACGGUCGAGGAACCAGCAGAAGAACCAAUCACUAAAGUCGACAGAGAGGCCAAAGCCUCAUCCCAUAAGAAGUUAUCUUUGAUUGGUCUGAAGAAAAGCCAACCAGGUAUCGAAACACAGGAAUCUACUGAUCAAACAUUAACAAAACGGAAGUCUUCUCUCAAGACACCGGUCAAGAAGAAAUCAUCUGGAGAUUCAAUUUCUCUCCACGCAUCCCCAGCACCAGAUAUUGAGAAAGUUCAGCAGCAGCGUUCCACACAUUUUGCCCUCUCGAGUCAAGGUCAAUCAAGCACGGAAGAUGUCCUCUCGUUGGCUAGCUACCAAGAGAGUAAGCCUCGAUCUGUGAGCGGCACACGCCUGACCCCAAGUCACAGCACUUCGUUUGAUGGAGGGAAGCCUCGCUCUGGUGGUUCAGUAUCAAGCAUCUCGGCAUCUUCUAAGACCUCGACACCGAAAGCUAAACGUUCACUGUUUGAUGCUGACGAGUCUGUUUCCCACAGCAGCCGACAUGAUUUUGAAGGAAUAAGGAAGUCCCAACCUCGACUGUCAGUAGGUUCCAUUGUAUCUGACCCUCAUGAGAAACCAAGCACCACGUCAGUGCAGUCAAGUCAUCGACAAGCUACAACCACGCAUGUUUCUGCACACUCUAAUGUACAACUUCCUCUAAAGACGUCCUCGAGAUAUGCUGCACCGGUUGAAAAGUCAUCAAUUACGUCAGCCACGGGUCAUCGAAUCUAUAACGAGCCUCAUCGAACGCCUUCUGAAUACAGAACUGGUCAGACAACUAAUUAUUCAUUGGAACAUUCCCAGCCAUCCAAAAAAGCUCUUUCCAUGCACUCUACAUACCAACCAUCCCAAAUAGCUCUUUCCAUGCAUUCUGCAUCCAGUGUUGAAACAUCCCAAAUUUCUGCCAAAGUUGGACAAAAUGAUGACGUUCCCCGAUUGCCUUCUACAUACGGAUCCCUUCAACGUAAAUCAAUUUCCAAACUGUCGACAGAUUCUUUAGGCCAUCGUUCUCAAUCCAAUCUCUCUCAACACACUCCGAAAGAAAGCCUUUCCAUUGUCGGUGGUGGUUCUGCUUCCACUUCCAGGGUUUACGCGGCUCCACUGAUUAUGAAAUCAUCUUCUGGGAACCUUCGAGCCAUCAUGCCAGAGAAUGACAGCCAUUUUAGCAGACGAUCUCCAACAGGAUCAUCACCAGCCUUGGUCUCAGCAAGUGCAAUCCAUGGGUCUGAAUCAAGGGGGAUUCGAAGUGAAGCUGUCUCUCCACAGGCAUCCAGAGUGUUUUCGAAAGAGUCUACAGAAUUCAUUCAGCAUGAAGUAGUGCGAGAAACACAAAGUGAUUCACAAGAAUGGAUUCCUGUCACUAGUUCGGCAACUCCUGCUUCCCCACUCGGGAAACAGGCUAGUGCUUUGUCUGGUCUGCAUUCGGCUGCAUCAUCUCUCGGUUCCAUCCGUAAAUCAGAAACAGCUCAAGACAUCCAAUCUUCGAAAUCUCCCUCAAAGAUGUCUGCAUCGUCUGUUAUAGUUGGAAGCGUUUCAUCAGUAUGUUCUGGAAAAUAUCGAGAAAUCCCAGGGUCUGAGUUUGUGCAUCAUGACGAGAGAAGUAUACACGAUUAUUCAGCAGGCGCUCCACUUAUCCUCAAGUCGUCAUCUGGUCAUCUACGUGCAUGUGUACCAGAAGAGCAUGUUAAGGAGAGCAGAACGAUCCUCGGGAAACAGGCUAGUGCUUUGUCUGGUCUGCAUUCGGCUGCAUCAUCUCUCGGUUCCAUCCGUAAAUCAGAAACAGCUCAAGACAUCCAAUCUUCGAAAUCUCCCUCAAAGAUGUCUGCAUCGUCUGUUAUAGUUGGAAGCGUUUCAUCAGUAUGUUCUGGAAAAUAUCGAGAAAUCCCAGGGUCUGAGUUUGUGCAUCAUGACGAGAGAAGUAUACACGAUUAUUCAGCAGGUGCUCCACUUAUCCUCAAGUCGUCAUCUGGUCAUCUACGUGCAGUUGUACCAGAAGAGCAUGUUAAGGAGAGCAGAACGAUCCUCGGGAAACAGGCUAGUGCUUUGUCUGGUCUGCAUUCGGCUGCAUCAUCUCUCGGUUCCAUCCGUAAAUCAGAAACAGCUCAAGACAUCCAAUCUUCGAAAUCUCCCUCAAAGAUGUCUGCAUCGUCUGUUAUAGUUGGAAGCGUUUCAUCAGUAUGUUCUGGAAAAUAUCGAGAAAUCCCAGGGUCUGAGUUUGUGCAUCAUGACGAGAGAAGUAUACACGAUUAUUCAGCAGGUGCUCCACUUAUCCUCAAGUCGUCAUCUGGUCAUCUACGUGCAGUUGUACCAGAAGAGCAUUUUAAGGACAGCAGAACGAUCCUUCCCGGAUCACCAAGAAAGAUGAGUUCCCACGUUAGCUCUAUCAUCUCCAUGGCUGGUUGGGAUGAUAGGGCCAGUCCAAGACAAACAUCACCUGUUCCAGUUUCAAGGUCUGAGUCAUACUCCUCCUCACAAGUCUUGCGGGCUCCACAAAUCUACAAGUCCUCCUCUGGGAAUCUGCGUGCUGUCCCGCCAGAGGAAAUUGAUGAAGAAAGCAAACCAUAUCGACCCGGAACCCCAUCACGACGGAUUAGUUCGCACUUCGCCAAUGACGAACCGAGGUUGAGCAUAUCUGCUGGGAUUAAACCAUCUUUGCACACCAUUAGUACAGAGGUUAUGGCUCCCAAAGUUUCUUCAAUGGGAAGUUCUCCUUCGCGUGAAAGUAGCAAGAUUUCCCAAAGUGUAAUGCAGACAAGAAGCCAAUCCCCCGCGGGUCUAUGCGGCACUCCUUCUGCGACCUCUCCGAGACAAACAACAUCCAAUAUGUCAAACCCUGUUACGGGCGGCCACACUGAUGGAAGUGCUUAUCAAAUGCAAAGAGUGUGGUCUGAACAGGCUUCUUCACUCGCAAGUCUCACAGAGCUGCAACCUGCGCAACUUAUUAGCCAAAAGAAUCUACUUGUCCCGUCUUCCUAUCACACAGCAAUUGGAGGUGUAAGUGAGACGCACAGUGAAAAUUCCAGUAAAACAUCUCGAUUUUCACUUGAUGUUGAUGCUUCGGCAGCCACCACUUCUCAUCUUGAUGAUGACGCAAAUGCAGAAGUAACCAUGCCACUCGAUGAUCAAUGGAAACCACUUCAAGAAUACGAUAACAUUCCUACAGAGACUAGGAUUAAGUCAUCCGCAUUGCUGGUUGGCAAGUUUUCCUCCAAGCACUCCGAGAGGCAAAUCGAUGAGGUUGUGUCCUCACCUACUUUUACAUCCACCACAGAUGUGAUGGCCUCUAUGAGCCAAGAUAACCUUUCUGAUUGGAAACCACAGGAGUUCCUAAGUGCAGAAGAAGGUCCCAUAGACGAUCAUACUCCGAAUGUUACCAACACCAAUUGUCAAUAUGAUGAUCAAGAGAUCCGCGAGGAGGAAACAGAUGAGUGGCAAAGAGUUCCUGAAGUCGAUCCAAUAAAUGAGGCAGAGGAAUCGGGUCCCUUGGAGGAGAUUCCAUCUCAGAACAGACGGUCAUCGAAGUUUGGCUAUUCUGGCUAUGUGGGCAGGUUUUCUCACAUCUUAGACACGGCUUCCGAGAUCUUAGACACACUGUCCACACCAUCUAAGAUGGACGAAGUAGAUGAGCAUGCUCAAGUGGAAUCAUUGGAGCUAACAUCUGGGCACGUUUUGGAAAGUGCAGGUUCACCAACUGGCCGUGAUUCAGGUGAUGUCUCAGAGUCUUUUGUGUCACCACAAGAAAGUAUGGGCCAUGUUUUCCCUGUAUCUUCACAAGAGACUUUGGAAGACGAAGACUUGCCGUUUGACGAUGCUCGCGAAGGAAACACAGAUCAAGAGAACUAGUUUGGACUCCGGGCUAUCUGAACCAGACUCAGUGUACUUUGUUCUAAUAUUUGCGAAAUGAUAAAAGUUUAUCUAGCAAAGAUUCCAAUAGAUAAACUCAAAACAUGUCUAAGCACCAACUACUUAUGAAAACAAAAACAAAUUUAGCUCUGGUAACCUGAUGUUAUCAUCACAAUCAAAUAGGUUCCGCCAUUUUGGGAGUCAAUGCUUGCGAGUACAGUGUGGUGCGCUUACGUCGUAUUCCAGUCUCAAAAUAAUGACACAGAGGCCUUGUGUGACGGAUAGGGGUUUAAUCAGUUAUUUAACAUUUUUUACCAUGUCAAAGUCUUUACGUUUUUGCUUUGUUUUUGAAGUUGUCUUGGUUAUAGUCCGAGUACAUGUAUAUUAUUCUCUUGGUAUAGGGAUUUUUUUCAGUAAAAAGUAACUCUCAACAGCAAAAGCACAACACCAAGUUAUGACUUAAAUGGAUUUUCCCGUAGAUAACCGUUUAUCAAUUUGGUCUUCUAUUGAAUAAGUGUAACCAAUAUAGGGGUCUCCUGUAGUAAAUUAUUUAUGGGUGACAGCAUGGGCCUGUAAACAGGACCUCAGAAGCUUAUUUUUAAAGCUGUGUUUUCGAUAUGGUGGUGGACACCAUUAAACUUACGACCUUUGUGAAAAUUUCAGUUUCGAAAGUUUAGAUUUUAGAAACGCUUCGUCUAACUGCAUGCUAACCUGAUUAAAUUGUUUUUCACAUUAAUUUUAUUGUGUCAUUUCAAUUGGUUUGUACAGUAAACUACAAUGUACAAUUAAAAUACAUUUACAAAAUUAUCUCAUAUAUUCCACAUGAUUAACGAUGCUUUAAUAGCGACGUAAAAAUAUUAAUUAAUUGCAGGUGUCAGGAAGCUGAUUUCCUUUAAAACUGCUGUGACCGAUAAAUAAAUUGAGCAUCUUUGAUGUCGUAAAAAAAAAAACAAGCACAUG